CACAACAUAGUUUAACUUAAGCAGUAGACCAGUAAACAAAAUAUAAUAUCAUUUAAAAUUGUUUUGGUAAAGAUAUACGUAAUGUAUAUAACAAUACUUGCUUUCUACAACGUGCGUGAACAUAGCGUAAAAUAGCGACAUCGAUUUUGCGUUCAUACAUAAUUGAUAUUUGACCUAUACCUAACGGUAAAAAGAAAAAAACAAAAAUCGCUCUCCAUAAUUAUAAAGACACGAAGUUUGUUAGACAAUCCUUGAGUUCUUUCAUAUCGUGUUUACUAACGCUAAUGGAAAAACGACAGCAAAUUAAAAAUAAAAAGAAUGAAUAUUUAAAUAGUUGUAAUUGUAUUCCUAUAAGAAAUAUUGGAGAAAAUUUAUGCAAUAUUGAUAUUUUCCGUGAAAAUGUUUAAAGUGAUAUUCGCGUUGUCGUGUUUUGUUCUGACGGAGUCCGUUGACUAUUCGCGGAUAGGCGAAGGUUACCACCGAGGACUCUUGCCAGAUUGUCCAGGUUCAUGGAAGCCAGCAGAAAUCACACCAAAUAGCUUGAGGAACUUAAAGAUAUCAGUAUUUGACUCUCAGGCCAGUCUCACUACAUACACUUACUACCGCGCCAAGAAAAUAGCUCGACACCCUGAGAUAGAUUUCAACAAGAAGACUAUUCUGUACGUCCCGGGGUAUCUGGACCUGUCCGCGGUACCUAUUCGGAGGACUUUGGUCCAGCUUUAUAAGGAGCUGGGUUAUAAUGUACUCAUUUUGGACUAUGAGGCCUUUGCUACAGGAGAAAUGCCAAUUGCGGCUCGUCUAAUGCGUCCAGUUGGCAAGCAUGUCGCAGAGAUGCUAUCAAACCUGACGACACUUGGACUGGACCCGAAGAAACUAGAGCUCGUCGGCCUCAGCCUGGGUGGGCAGGCCAUCAGCUUCAUCGCCAAGAACUUCCGCGAAAUUACCGGCAGGAACAUCUCCUCACUAACCGCUUUGGAUCCUGCUGGGCGCUGCUUCAGACACCUUGGGCCAGACCAAAGACUUGACCCUUCCGACGCCGAUUUCGUCCUCAGCAUUGCCACUAACAUGGACGAAUUAGGCAUAGCAACUCCAGUUGGUCACGUCACUUUCUAUGUUAACGGGGGAGAGUUCCAACCGGGCGAUGUCUGGUGGUUACCCUGCGAUACUCUUUGCAGUCACGUCAAAUCCUACAUUCUUUGGCUAUCAGCUCUGAUGCACCCAGGAAAAUUUGUAGGCAUGCAAUGUGAUUCUAUACAGCAAGCGAGAGACUUUGACUGUUUUGAUAGGAAACCUUUAGUCACAAAUACGAUGGAUUUGUAUACGGACCGAAGUAAACCGGGGAUAUAUUAUUUGAAUACGCUACAUAAGUACCCUUAUUACUUGGGGAAGGGGGGAGUGUAUAAAAGUAGUGAAGUCAUUUUAAACCAGCUAGCAUAUUUAAAUGAGGCUGAUGAAAUUUUGGUUUAGGGUCUUAUUAUAGAAAGCAAACAGGAAUAACAGGAUCGGCUAUUAUAGAGAGUUACUGUCGAAGUAAAACGUGUAAUCACAGUGUAAAGACUGCCAUCUCUCGACACAAGCUUAAAACUUUUGAACUUCAGUUUUGACAAUUUGGCCCAUAUUGUUAGCUUGAUA